CUGCAUGUGCUGUUGGCUUUCUUCGUUGUCUUGCGACCACUUUGUCUGCUUCUCAGCGUCUUCUUACCUCCGAAAGUCAGACACGAAUUAGGUCCUGUACAAAUUCGUUGAAAAAUGUCAGGUCCGAAGGCACCAGAUUGCUAUAUUAAUUGGUUGUUUGGCGUGCGGUUCGUCGCUCUUAUUCGGCGGAUUCUUCGAUCAAAGGGCGGGGGGAGGAAGCACCGUCUCGCGGCGGAAGAGAAGGCGGUUGCGAUGAACACGGCGGCGGCGCGCGGCGGAGCCAGGAUUAUUGAAGAAGAUAAUUAUAUGAAAGGGGAUAAUAAUAAUAAUAAUAAUAAUAAUAAUAAUAAUAAUAGUACGGCACUGCAGAAGUCUGUGAAGAUGCUUCACUUUGGGGGUUGGGAGGAGAAAGAAGCGGCGGCGGAGGAGAUACGGAGGCUGGCGGCGGAGGAUCUCAAGCGGCGGAAGAUCAUGGCGGAGCUCGGCGUGAUUCCGGCGCUGGUAGCUAUGGUUGGGUCGGAUGCGGCGGCGCGUCGAUCGGCGGCGGUGGCUGCGUUGAUUGAGAUCGCCAAUGGCUCCUUCACAAACAGGGCUCUAAUGGUGGAGGCAGGGCUCUUGUCGAAAUUACCGGCGGAGAUAUCGUCGACGGAGGAGACUACGAAGCAGCAAUUUGCAGAGCUCCUCCUGUCUAUAUCAGCUCUGGCCAACAGUCAAUUCUCUUCCCUGACAUCGACUCCAGGGCUGAUUCUGGCGGCUGUCUCCAUUCUCCGAUCGACAUCAAACACCGAGUCAAGAAAACUAUGCUUAGGGACAUUGUUCAACCUGUCCUCUGUUUUGGAUAAUGCGGGAAGUUUGAUCAUGACAGGGGUUGUCGACGACUUGAUCAGGCUGUCGACUGCAAAAGAGGCGUCGGAGAAGGCUCUGGCGACUCUAGGAAACCUCGUCGUGACAUCGCCGGGAAGGACGGUGGUCGAGCAUAAUUGCAUGGUUCCGGAAGGUUUGAUAGAGAUCAUGACAUGGGAGGAUAAGCCCAAAUGCCAAGAACUAAGUGCUUACAUUUUGAUGAUCUUGGCCCACCAGAGCGCACCACAACGACGGAAAAUGGCCGAGGCCGGGAUUGUCCAGGUGCUUCUAGAAGUAUCAUUGUUGGGCAGUCCAUUGGCUCAGAAAAGAGCUCUUAAGAUAUUGCAGUGGUUUAAGGAUGAUCGGAGAACUCGAGUGGGCUUUCACUCGGGGCCACAGGUCGGCAAGAGAGCGACGAUUGGCUCUCCGGUUGACCGGAAGGAAGUUUUCGAAGGGAAGAAGAUGAUGAAGAAGAUUGUGAAGCAGAGCUUGUAUAAAAACAUGGAAACGAUUACACGCCGAGCGAACGGCGGUGACGAGGAGGAGGAGGAGGAGGAUGAUCACUUGAAGCUUAAAGCAUUGAUGAUCAGCUCAAGUUCUAAAAGCUUGCCCUACUAGGGAGAUUUUACAGUGUAUAUUUUGUGAAGAAAUGUUGUAACAUCUUUUUUAAGUUGAAUAAAAUGGAGGAGAAGGUGAAAUGUGAAUGAACUUUAACGUGGAAUUCAUGUUGGCCCAUAUUUAUAUGUAAUUGGGCUUUUGGUUAAAUUGGUAAGACUUAUAAUUGCGUACGCUACGACGUCGUAUGAUUGUGUAAUUAAGGCGGUUUAGGGGAGCCGAAAACGCAGCGUUUUGCGGGAAGGACAGCACGGUAUAUAUACGGUCAUAUAGAUAGGGUUU